ACACUUCCGUUGAUUGAAAAAUUGAAAAUGGAAGAAGACGUGUUUGGUAGUGUUUCUGAGUUAUUCGACGAGUUUGAAAAAGACAGAGAUUCAUCUACGUUUAUUGCAUUCGAUCGAACAAAUGAAGGAGAGGAAGAUAAAAGUCGAAUCCUCUUUACAAUCGGAGGAUCAGAUGGAGAGUCUUCUGACGAAAGCGAAAAUGAAAGUAAAGACGGAGACUUAGAAGAAGAUUCGGUGAUAAUUCCAGAGGGAAUGUUUAACGAAUCUGGCAAAGAACACACCAAAGAGAACGACUCUAACUUCAAGUUACUUCAUGACAAAAAUAAAUUUCAGAGAUUUGCAGAAAUCAUUGAUUCUACAAGAUAUGUUCAUGAUGAAGAAAGUCCUGGAUGUCAAAUCAUAUUUCAAAACAACAGAUUCUCCAGAAAGUACCGUCCAGAGAUUGAAAAAUUUAUUGCUGUUCUGAUGGAGAGGGAUGCUCAGGACGAGGAAAGGAUACCAGAUCUGAACUUAAAGUCCUCUACUCUAACCUGUGUUGACAUUAAUGGGAAAUUAGAUUCUUCAUUGAGAACAUCAGAAAUGUGGGAAGCACACGCUAUUAUUGGUGCAAGUCAAUUUCACAGAGAGUGUAUGAUUGACAAACUAGGUUUCCCCCUGACACGGAAUGAGCCACUUCUGAGCUAUGGAUGGGAUAUCCCAGCAUAUGAACAGGUGUUUUUUGAAGCUUUGCCAGUGGACAGAUCAGCUGAUCCCUUAAAACCGGCAAGACCCAAGCAGAGCUGCUUUAAUUGUGAAGGCGAUCACAGAAUCAAUGAAUGUACACAGCCAAAGGACUUCAAUCGAAUCCGAAUGAACAAACAGAAAUUUAUGCAGCAAUCACAGAUGCAGAGACAAUCGUCACAAAGAUAUCAUGAAGAGGGUGAGAAGGAUCCAAGAUUUGCUUCAUUUAAGCCAGGUGUUGUCAGUCGAGAACUACGCAAGGCAUUAGACAUCUCUUCCAAGGAGCUACCCGAGUUUAUUUAUCGGAUGAGAGGCCUUGGAUAUCCACCAGGAUGGAUGCAGGAAGCACUCAACAAAGAAUCUGGAAUAUCCAUAUUUGACAAGGACGGAAAUGAAGUGUUAGUAACAGGUGAAAUGAUGGAAGAUGGAGAAAUACAUGACCAGCUCCCUGAUCAAGCUCAAAUUGAUCCAGAGAAGAUUAUAGAGUAUCCUGGAUUUACGGUCCCUCCCGCAGAGGGAGUCAAGGAUGAACACGAAAAGUAUGGAUAUUUACCAAUGCAGCAUAUUCAGCUUGUUACAACUUUAAGAAAUGAUCUUCAAGAGGUGUCAAAUAGCAAGAAAAGAAAACUGGAGGAGGUAAAGGAGUCGGCCAAAAGGAGGCAGAAAAUGGUGGAUGAUGACAUGGACAUUGUGGAGGAAUCUCCUUCACCAUCUGUCAAUGGUCAUGUGUUUGUCCCACCACUUCCAGUAGAUACUCCACCCAGCAGACCACCCUUACCCCAAAACACCCCACCCCCAACUCCACCAGCCCCCAGGCUCAGUCUCCCAAGGGUAGCCAGGGAGAUCUCCUUGACCGAGUCGGAGAGAUCAGAAUCCCCCUCUCUGGAGGAGCUGGAGGGACAACUUAAACUGCUACAGGAAAAGUUAGCUUCAAGCGAGGGCGAUGCAGAUCUUCAAAUAUUGGACAGCUGUGGUGCCAGUGAUGAUGACAGUAACUCUGAUUUGUCUGAACUCUUGGCAUUAAAGGAGAGGAUUCUGAAGAGGACAGAUUCAAUUUCCUCAAUUCAGACCUUUGGUGAGCUAGGCUCUGGUGGAUCCUGUCCAGGCACCCCCCAACCUACCACCAACAAUGCAGCUAUGAACUCUUUUGGCAGUGUACCCAGUGCCUCGAUCUCCAAAGAUUUCGGUACUCCCAUUGUGAAGGGACCUAUUGAACUGUUACCGGACAGUUCCAAGUUUGGUGACGGAAUAGAGGAUCAUAUUCCGUACGAAAAUCUGCCGGAUGCCACGGGUACUUAUGACAAAAUCAGAGAUCUCAUCAGUAGAGUUAGAACAAUAAAGAAGAAAAAGAAAAAAAUAGAUUAAGUGUGUAUUCAUCAUGCAUCAAUUUUGUACCAUUUUAUGUUUUGUACAUUUUCUGCAUAUAUAGUGACUAGUAUGCAUGCAUUAAGAAAACUUCUAAUCAACAAUAUUAGGAUAAUCAUUUACAGCAAUAAACAUUAGAUUAGUGAUAUAGUAAAUGAGAGAAAAUAUUAAUUUAUACAAGGUAUUCAUGAGGCAUCAGCAAAUGCAGUUAAGACUGGCAUUCGAUCUUGGAAAGUUCUCUUUAUGGAUCAAACCCGUCCACAGGUUAUAGAUUAAUAAGUCUCUAUGUAUGACAAUGUAAAUCUUUGAAUUGUGACAAUUAAAUUUUUAAUGAAACCAUAAACACUUUUGUUGUAUCAGGUAUUUUAAUAUAUUGUAACCAAUUAUGAAUCUUGCACUACAAAAAACAGAUUCCACACCUAAUUUACAAUUGGAACAUUGUUUCGAGCAUUAUUUGCGUAUUUUCGCUGUCUUUUACAUCAAGUUUCCAUGAUUUGAAAAAUAAAGCAAAGUUUACAUGGAAUCCUUCAUUUA